AUUGUUGAUCAAAUUUACAACACACUAAACAGUUUAAUUGUUAUUAACAUCGACAAGAAAUAAAACGAACACGAAAACUACAAUUUCCGACGACGCCGCUACGAUGUAAUGGCGGAAAAUAUGGCGCUGCUAAACAGCCAAUCAGAAUGCGAUUAUCGUAAAAGAGUCUAUAACAUCGAUAAUCGAUUACGAAACGACUUUUCAUGGAAUAAUCGAAAUUUCAACGCAAUUUAGUUCGGAAGAUUAGAAGAGUGGUGUAAAGUGUGGUCAACGCAGUGAAAUAUUGGAUAAUGUGAGAAAUAAAUGGAUUAUUCAACCAAAUACGGGAAACUGGAGAUCAACGACAUCGUUCAAAUCAACAACAAGGACAUUUACCUGCGUAGCCGUCGUAACAAUGGAAUGCAGAGGUGCAUUUCCUGUAGUGAAAUGUACAUAUUGUAGGUCAGAAUUCCAACAAACAAUAAAAGGAAAUACAAGCACCAUAUGUAAAAAAUGUGAGCAAAAUGUGAAAGCUUACGGUAAGCCAUCGGCCUGUGAAUAUUGCAAUACCAUAGCUGCAUUCAUCGGUAGCAAAUGUCAGCGUUGUACGAAUUCCGAAAAACGUUACGGGCCACCGGUAACUUGUGAACAAUGCAAACAGAAGUGUGCCUUUGAUAGACAAGAUGAAGAUAAGAAGGUUGAUGGAAAAUUGUUAUGUUGGCUGUGUACGCUUUCUUACAAAAGAGCAUUGGCAAAAACAAAACAGUCGGAUGCAGAGAGGAGGGCACAUUUGAAACUGGCGCAACAACGAGCAGCGAAGCACAAAGAGCAAAAACUGAAAGGUCACAACAAGAGACCGCACAGAGUAGACGUUACGAAGUUGCCGCCUCAGUCUGAGAGCGGAGACUCGAACGGUCCUGCUCCCGUGAAAGCAGCUCGUAUGGUCGGUGUACACGAUCCACACGAUCCUAACAGUUCGGAUCAUGUAGUCGCAGUUACGCAACUGAAAGAAAAGAUAGCUCAUCUUCAAAAACAAAUCACGAUUAAGGAUGGGCAAUUACUUGCUAAAGAUAGGCAGAUUACGGAAUUGAAAGCGAAAAACUUCACAUCGGAGACGGAACUGCGUAACAAGAUGAAAGCGACGGAAAAGGAGUACGAAACUAAAAUAUCGACGAUGCAACUGAAGAUCUCGAAUUUGUUAAAAGAAGUUGCAUCGUUAUCGAAGAGUUCCAAGCGGGGUGACAGAGUGGCCGCAACGAAAACAGAAGCUGGGACCAAUAGUGGAAGUGGAACAGACAGUCCUGUACCUUGAUAAGGUAGGAUUUCACAUCCUCAUUAUUCUUUGUCAAUUAAUGUUCAAACGAUAAUUCUUCUAAGUUUACAUUUUACUUCGUCGACGCAACAUAUUUACGAUUAUAAAAUAUUGUAAUUAAUUAUAUAUUUAGUGUUUGGAAUGGUAUUCUGUUUGUGAUUUAGCGUUUAUGGCUUUUCGAAUGUUUCAUUUCCAAUAAGAGCCAAACGUAACAGAGAAUUCCAUGUUUUGCGCUUCUUUUAGUUAUGGUUGGUUAUUUUCCAAGUAUAUAAGAGUGCGUGUAAGAGAUUGAAUUAUUUUCGAUAUCUCGUUCCUAUAUUUUCAUACGAUGAUGUCCGAAGCUAGUUUCCUUGCAACGUUUUAUCGUCAUUCUCGUUUUACGAUCGAAAGGAGUGAGAAAUUUUGGAACUGUGAUCACGCUGUUUUGUUCGUUUUGUUUUUUAAUGGUGCGUUAUCGUUGCUAGAAUAUUUUCAGUACAACAUACACAUACUGCCGCCCUAUAAUUUGCGUUUGUGUUGAUCGUGAUUAUAGCGAGAUAACACGAAGCAAGUUCUAAGUAGUACCGUGCUAAAUAGAAAAAAAAAAAAAUGAACCGUGUAAUGUUUCUGGGAGAUGAAAGACUUUUCUUAAAAUUGUUUUCAGGGACUUGGUUAGCUGUGACAACAUACUCAAAUGUCCAUACCCGCAUUAAACUAUGUGGUAUACAUUAUAUAUAUAUUUAUAUAUAUGUAUAGCUAAUUGUUUCCAUUAACAAGGCAAAAAUCUGUAUUAUUUUUCUAAUUAAUAUAGGAAUGUAUAUUAUCUUCGACGUGUACGCGAAAGAGAAACAUUUUUCGCGUUCUUCUAAACCGGAGGAAUGACGAGGCAAGUGCAAAGAAAAAACAAAAAGUGUUACUCGUAAGUUAGGUAGCUUACUUCCCUGGUCUCAUUAUUUUUGUUCCGUUUUCCGGCAAAAGAAAAGGAAAACAAAAUUAUCCCACGAACGCGAGUUUGCUAUGAUUCGUUGCAUCGUGUGAUACGUUUUUCUUUUUUUUUUUUUUUUAACGAUAAAGAAGCCACUUUAAUCAGAUUGUACAGUAAGAUAACGUCAGAUAGACAUUGAAGUGAUGAACUUUGAAACUUUUAAGAAUGAACUUCUUGAUACUUGCGAGAGAUGAGAGUUAUAUUGCAAACAUAUACACAUACAGAUACACACGUACAUAAAAACACAUACAGACACACUAUGAUGAUCGAGCAAUAGUGGUGUUGUAACGAUUUCCUAUUUAUAACGACGAAGAUGUAACGACGAUGAACCAGGAUAUGGUGAUUGUAGAUCAAUUUACAAUAAAAGGUUGAAAACGA